GCGUCACCCCGAACGUCGAACACGUUCAAUCGCCGCGCGCGGCGCGUCGAUGGGAGACGAGCUACUACGCCGCAACGGCUCGGACGAAAGGAGGGAACGCGAGAAUUUCGAUUGCGGAAUCAAACGGAAUUUCAUCUCUCCGCCACCGGGACCCGGAUCAAAUCGCUUAAUUAUGCAUUCCUAGUUUCUCAAUCUUUCGCUUCGACCCACCUCCCCUCCUCCUUUGUUUCUCGAAAUGAGGAAACUGCUUAUAUCGCGAUAUUCUCAACGGAUAAAAGCUUCAUCGGGAUAACAUCGGGGAAACAUUUUCUCGCAUCUGAUCGUCGGUACUUAAAUACUUUACGAAUCAAUUUCUGGAUUGAUCCACCUGAUGUCGCUAUGCGUGCCGUCGAGAUCCAUUCAGACAUUCAUGAGUGUGGCACUUGUGGCUUGUGGCGGCAUCAGGCGGCAGCGUCGAACUUGGAAAAGCUGUGAGGUAGCGUGUUGUCCUCGUGUCCGGGCUUACGUUCUACCGGUUAAUAAUUAUACAUUUGAAUAAAGACAGUAGUAUAUUAUUUGCAAUGUCAGAAACAUCGGAGUCAGAGUCGGAGUACAAUUCGUCAGAUGAAGAGCUGCAGGAGGCCCUUGCGAAGGGAUUGUUGAAACCGGGGCUCAACGUUGCGGUCGAGAACGGCAAACAAUUCAAGAACUGCGUUAGUCUUAUGAAGCAAAAACUUGACGAGAUAAAGCUGAAUUUGCCAUGGGUUGAGAGGUUAGACAUGGUAAACGCACCUGCACCAUUGGCACCAGAAUUGGCGCUUCAAAUGCAGGAGCAAGAAGUAAGGCGAGCCAAGCAAUUACAGGGAAAUAAAAAGUUACCUCAAUACAAUCCGUCCGAAGAUCCUGUCUUGAAUGACUUUCGUCGAGAAAGCAUGUUUCACCGGCAGGCUCAGGGUGCUGCUAUGGAUGGUAUCAGUAAAUUAAAGAAGCUCGGUGUACAGACAUCUAGACCGGACGAUUAUUUUGCAGAAAUGGCCAAAUCUGACCAACACAUGCAGAAGGUACGAGAGAACCUGAUGAAGAAACAGACGAUAGCACAGAGGUCAGAAAAAGUAAGGCAAAUGAGACAACAGAAGAAGAUUGCAAAGCAAAUGCAGGUUGAGGCAACUUUAAAGAAACACGAGGAGAAAAGAAAACUGUCGGAAGAGGUUAAAAAGUAUCGCAAGGGCAUACGGAAGGAUCUCGAUUUCUUGGACGACAAGAAGAAAGCACAAGGUAAACAGCCGAAUCGCAGACUGAGUCUGAAGGCACAAUUAAAGACGAAAAUGAAGGCUGCGAAAUAUGGUUAUGGAGGUAAAAAGCGAGGUACUAAGUGGAACACUAAGAGCAGCUCGGCUGACGUUUCCGAGUACAAACGACCAGAUAAUAAACGACCGGGAGAUGGCAGAAAGGGGAAGGGUGGAAAGGGGAAGAUGGGAAAAGGAAAACAAAGAUUAGGCAAAAGUCGUAGAAUGCAAAUGAAAGGGAAAGGAAAGAGAAAAUCGUGAAGGAGUUAGUAAGUAUAAUCGUCAAUAAUAAUCAUAUGUUAUACAUAUGUUAUGAUUGUUUUACAUAUUACGUUGUUUGUAUAAAAUUAUACGGUACUAAUUUA